AUGACAAAUUGGAUUGGUUUGAAUGAGGUCGGUAUUGAUGGUGGCGGAAUUUUCAGAGAAUUUCUAACCGAACUGAUUCGAACUGGAUUUGAUCCUGACAGAGGCUUCUUCAAAUACACCCAUGACAGGCUCUUGUAUCCGAACCCAUCCUCCGUGCAACUAUAUCCUGAUUCUUAUUCGCAGCAUUUCUUCUUUCUCGGACGAGUUGUUGCUAAGCUGAUUUACGAGAAACAAAUGGCUGAGAUCCGUUUCGCUGAAUUCUUUGUGUCGCAACUUCUGGGCAAGCGCCAUGCUGAUCUCGAUCUGCACCAUCUGAAAUCGUAUGAUCCAGCUAUAUACAAGUGA